GUGCCCUCCUGGCCGCUCCCCGAGCUGCCCUUUCCAACAGCCUGUUGGAAGUCGCUGUAAAAUGUCGUGAGGGGCGCGGCCGCUUUACGGCUGCCUCUCCCAGGCUAGAGCCCGGGAGCGCCCACCGCCGUCAGCCCUGUCUGUAAGAGUCGGCCGGGCGGAGACGGAGAGACCCGGCGCCCAGCUCCCAUCUCCGCCGCGCCCGUGCCGGCCCCCGGCGAUGUGAAGGCGAGGAGGCUGCGGUGCCCCCUGGCCCGGGGUUGAGACGGGCGGCAGGUGCCUGUGAGGCGGGCGGGUGCUGGGGGCCUGCAGGAUGGAGGAAAGCAUGGAAGAGGAGGAGUGGGGCAGCUACGUGGCGAUGAUGGACGACCAGAACCACAACAACUGGGAGGCCGCGGUGGACGGCUUCCGGCAGCCCCCGCCGCCGCCGCCGCCGCCCCCCUCGUCGAUUCCAGCCCCUGCGCGAGAGCCGCCGGGGGGUCAGCUGCUGGCGGUGCCCGCGGCCUCGGUGGACAGGAAAGGCCCUAAGGAGGGGCUCUCGAUGGGGCCGCCGCCACCGCCGGAGGCCAAUGGGGUGAUCAUGAUGUUGAAGAGCUGCGACACGGCCGCCGCUGUGGCCAAGGCGGCCCCCGCCCCCACCCCCAGCUCCACCAUCAACAUCAACACCUCCACCUCCAAGUUCUUAAUGAAUGUUAUAACUAUUGAAGAUUAUAAGAGCACAUACUGGCCAAAAUUGGAUGGUGCCAUAGAUCAGCUUUUAACCCAGAGUCCUGGUGACUAUAUCCCCAUAUCCUAUGAACAGAUAUACAGUUGUGUGUAUAAGUGUGUCUGCCAGCAGCACUCAGAACAGAUGUACAGUGAUCUGAUUAAAAAGAUAACUAAUCACCUAGAGCGAGUCUCAAAGGAGCUGCAGGCCAGCCCUCCAGAUCUCUAUAUUGAAAGAUUUAAUAUAGCUCUUGGACAGUAUAUGGGAGCAUUGCAGAGCAUUGUGCCUCUUUUCAUAUAUAUGAAUAAGUUUUACAUCGAAACCAAGCUUAACAGAGACUUAAAAGAUGACCUUAUAAAGCUGUUUACGGAACAUGUUGCAGAAAAGCACAUUUACAGCCUAAUGCCUUUACUUUUAGAAGCCCAGUCAACACCAUUUCAGGUCACACCUUCAACUAUGGCGAAUAUUGUGAAAGGCCUGUACACGCUCAGGCCAGAGUGGGUUCAGAUGGCUCCAACUCUGUUUUCUAAAUUUAUUCCAAACAUUCUCCCUCCGGCGGUGGAAUCUGAACUUUCUGAAUAUGCUGCUGAAGAUCAGAAACUUCAAAGAGAACUUAUACAGAAUGGUUUUACGAGAGGUGACCAGUCCCGGAAGAGAGCUGGGGAUGAGUUGGCUUAUAACAGCUCGUCAGCAUGUGCAAGUUCCAGAGGGUACAGAUAGUGAAUGUAUUGAAUGUACUUUCCUUCCCGAAAAGAGGACACACUGGAGCUGCAGAGACUGUAUUCGGAGCACAGCGGGGGGCCUGCAGACACUCAGGAGCUCUGUCACAAAGUUGUUCUUGGAAGAGGAUGUUGGACUUCUUUAUUUGGUUUGUAAUUUUAAAAAAACAAAAAAACUAACAAAAACAAAAAACAGUUGCUGCUAGACUUGGGGAUGAUUUGAAAUGGGACAAUCUUUUAAUGAGUUUAUCUACAGAUUCUGUGAGGAACAAGCAUCUUGAAAAGCGACUAUUGCUAAGGGAAAUCCAGCAGCCAACAUCAGCAGCUUCCUCCAAAAAUACAAGAACAGAGAAUCUUUUUUUUUUUUAAGCACUUGUUUUGUUCAUUCGUGGACUUGGCACUUCAGCACAUUGGCUUUGCACAUCAGAAUCUCUUUUGCUUUAAAAUCAAGCAGAUCAUUACAGUACAGUGUUUUUUGCCCAUUACCAAAAAAACAACCCCUUUAAAAAGAGUUGGUCUUUGUUUAGCAUUAGAAAGUCUCGUUAAAGGAAACCGCUAACUUGGCUUCUGCCAUAACUUUCCCCCUCACCAGUUCACAACUUUUUUCUACUCUGUGCCUUGAGCUUUGUGCACUUUGCAACUCUGUGACCAUGGUGUCCAACUCACAAAUGCUUCGUGAAAAGGUUUAUGGUAUCACAGACUCCCCCACUAAGGUGUCAGGUGUGACUUUGUAGCAGGAUGCUUAAUAAGUGGGAAAGUAGAAGCGUGUUGCUCACUGGUCGGAUCUCCCCCGCCUCACUGUGGCGUAUUCAUGUUCAUGUUGGGGACCAACUCUCUAGAACAUAUCCAUUCCCUCUGUCACUUCACAUGAUUUCACCAGCUGCUGGAGGACUGGCAGGAUGCUCAUGAAGGAGUGCGCUGCUCGUCAGCAUGAAAGCUCCCUUUUUAGUACCGUGGAGAAAUUUCCAGUGGUAACAGCUAGUUACUGUGAUGCUCUAGGAAGCAGAUACUGUUAUUCAAUCCAAAUAUAAUAAAUGGUGUGGGCUUCUGGAUCCAUUUCAUUUUAAAUGGGUGAGAUAGGUACUUUGAAAAACAAAGUUUGCCGUCUGCAUCUUUUUUAGCAUUAUAUUCAAGUAUACUAGAGAAGUAGCAUUGCUGUUUCAAGCUUCCUUCCAGCUGUGGCACAGCUAUAUUUUUUUUUUUCCUACACCCACAGUGCUGUUUAGGUUCUUACAAAAGACUUGAAAGCUUAUUCUAGUUGUUUCUGGAAGGCAAAGAAAAAUAGAUGUGGCAGGUGAAAAUAUUUUUCUUCUCAAUUUUGCUUGACUCUAAAUUGAGCCUAUUCUCGACUCUGUUUGGCUGUGUCAUGCUACUGUUUACCUCUUCAGAGAACUUGGGGCAAAACAAGAUGUAUCAGGGAUAGUGUCACAAUUCCAAUCGUCAGGUUUCUCGUAGAGUUGCCUUUGUCAAUUCAGUCUGUCUUUUCUCGGGAGCAGGCUGGAUGGGAGAGUUUGGAGUGUGAUGAUAGAAGCAAGGAAGUCAUCUGAUAGAAGUCCUCUGGUGGCAAAAUUACUGAUCGGAGAAGUAAAUGAAGAGAUUGUCAGAUUUUUUAAGUACUUAUCAACGAGAGUUGGUGGAUUUUGCAGAGGACUUUGACCCGGACUCGUUUAACUCUGUGAGCACGUUAGAUUGUAUUGGUAAACACUGAAUUACUGUAAGGAUAUACACAGGCUCUCACUGUGCCCUGUGCAGGUUGAUUUGGUACCCCAGCAACAUUGUGGUGUCAAGGAAGAACUCCACUCUAUCAUGAAGUCCAAAUUUUACAUUUUGCCAUGGCAUGCUUGCUGCGGGCUUAUAAAUAGAACACCUGCGACUGACGUCUCUCCUGAGUGGCUUUAAUAUUACUUCUGAAAGGAAUAAAAUUGGGGUGUUUCUUUAAAUGUGGAUGAAUUCUUCAUUAUCCUAAUAAUGUGCCCAAAUGCUUUUUCUGGGAGAGUAUUCUUUGGUCAACAAUGGAACUUUCUCUAUAAAAGCAUUGUAUUAUGAUGUGAAUUGGCAUUAAAAUCUUUGGAUGCUUUUGCAUUAUUAAGUUAAUGGAGAAAUAUUUUAUAUUGUCUUUUUAUUAUUAUUAUUAUGUUUAUGUUAACAAAAAGUGGGCAAAGUUUGCAAAAUUUAGUUUCUUUGAAUAUUUGCACAGCGACUGCAGCUCACAGUGGGCCAGGGCUUGGUACUACAGAUCCAUGAUUGGAAGACACUGUAGAAAGAAAAUACUCAUCUUCCUAGCGCAUGUGACCUGGUUGCUACUCGUUAUCUUGGCCCCUUGAGGCACAUUGCAGGAGGAAAACCCUAUUUCUUUAAGUAGAAAUUGACCUUGCUUAUUUAAUUGGGUUUCUUAGCAAAAUUCUGAGUUUGCAACAUGAGAGGAAAUAAGAUUUGCUCUCCAUUUUGUAUUGACUAAGCAUGGUCAGCCAGAAAGUAUUUUCCUCUCAUGUUUACUUGUAUUCUUCUUGCCAGUACAGUAUCUAGUUUUCCCACCCCAGUUAAGUCCUGGCUUUUGUGGGGCCCAAAUCACUGAGGACAGAAAAUUCUACUUUGAUUGUCUCAUUAGGCUACACGUAGUUGAUUCGGCGAGCCUGACUGUGCAGCCUGAAACCAGACUCUCCAGAAGAAAGCCAGCUCGGUCACCUUGGAAUAAUGACCUGUCAAAGUAAAUGACGAUGGUUUUGAGAGACGGUACUUACUUUCAGAGUUGGCCUUGUGCUUCAGUAACAGUGUCCUCUCCUGGUCUCUGUGGUCACAGCUGUACCCUUACCUGACAGGAGCUACUGCUUUGUUUUCUGUGGGGCGGAAAGCCAAACCUCAUAGAGUGUGACUCUUAAUCUAAUCUAGUAGUUCUUAGGUUAAUCUAGUAGAAGAAACUCAAACCUGGAUGCAUGAGUUGUGCGUUAUUAAAUUUUGUGGCAAAGUUACUUUUUUUUUCCUGUCCCUUUUACAAGAUUGAGGCAGUUCCUCUCCCCUUCUUUGGGGUAUCGGAGGGAAACAGUGGUAAGUGAGCCGGCAGGAGGAUGGGCGCCCAUGGCAUUGCUGCUGUGUGCGUCUCUGGUGCCCCAGCCUCAUGGAGCUGCCGCUCCCCUGGCUACAGACGCCGUGCUUUCUGUCGGGUUGCAAAUUUGCACACAAGAAGAAUUCCUCAGGAAGAGUUUGCACAUGCAUCGCCUUGCAAUAUUCUGUAAUGACCGAACAAGGGACUUGAAUGUUUUUCAGCACAAAAGGAGAACUUCAGAGUGGUGGUCUGUGCACACGUACUGGCAAAGGUCAUGGUGAUCUAGCAAACACGAUUGGUUCCUGCGGCAUAAAGUGAGCAGGAGCACUUGUAUCAUAGUAUUUAAAUAAGCCUCUUUAAUCUCCAGAGUAACCCUUCCAGGUUUUGUCUUCUUUUCUUAUUGAGACUGGCAAUAUUUUCCUCUGUGUUUUUUCUGUUUUAUGGCAGUUAAUUAUUUCCAUGAUUAUUACAGAAGCAUUGCCCUUGAGCUGAAAUUCAGUUGUUUAAUAAGCAGCUAUUAUUGAAAAUAACUGAACAUUGUUUUAUGAAUAUACACUAAUCUGAGAUAAUAAAAUAUUUUAAAACUAAGAAGCAAAACAGAAAACCUACGUUAGGUAUCCAGUCAGUUUGGAUGUUUUGAGCUGAUUUUCUUUACGGCGUCUCAUUGUGCUUCACAGUAUUAUGUUUACUUUACUCCAGGUCUGGGCCUCUGAAGGGGACUUUAAAAUGUAAGAUCAGAAUGUGAAUCCCUUGACUGACACCUAGAAUAGGUUAAUAGGACCUUUUCGAUUGUGGUUGCAGUUUUCAGUAAGAUUGCGUAAGAUAAAGUUCAUGUUUAUCAGAAGUUAAAAUAGGAGUUCUUGGAGAAAUGGCUUUCUUGUUACUUUCAUUACCUUAUGGAAAUUUGCCCCAUUUCUGGCCACCAGAAUUGAUGAAAGGACCCCUGAUUUUUUCAAGGGUAACGAUCUGUUUUGUCCCCUUGGUUUUGAUGAACUAAGUCACUGACACUUUUCCUCCUCCCCUGGCCAAGACCCUGUUUUGAACUUCUUUCCAGAGCUGAGUGGCACAAGUACAUAUACUGUUUCUGCUGAUGGUGAUGGCGUGGGUGUGGGAGAAUUAGAGAAAAUCCUCAUCAGAGGUAUGUUCUAACAGGACCUCAGUACACAUUGUACUCCCUCUGGUCGAAAAUUCUCUUCAUUUCUGGUUGGACUGUGUUGCUUAGAAAAAUGUUAAUGGUUUAAAAUUCUAGGAAACUUAUAGUGUGGCUCUGGGGUAAAUUUUGUGGUUUAGAAAAAAAUAAAUAUUUUGUAUUGAUUCUAACAUGUCAUUUCAAUGUGGCGACGAUGUACUAAAUGCAGUAAGACUGUGGAUGUUCCCUCAGAAGGGUAUGUUUUGUUAAACAGAUGGCAAUUUAAUUGCUCUCAUUAGCUCUGUUUGUCAAUAUUAUGACCAUGCAAUGCAGGAGAAAUUGCUCAGAUGUGAAGUUGUGGGAGCUGUGGCUGGAAACAGGAAUGCUUAUGAGUAAAUGGGAGGUCGAAUGCAGACAAGAGGCUCUUGCCACCCACCAGCACAGCCAGAGCAAGGAUGAAGCAAUGAAGUCUAGUCCCUGGUGGUGCUUAUUUGUUGGAAAGCAUGGUGGAGCUUAGAACAGGGUGUUCUGUAUACCAGCUCUUCCCAAUCCAAUAAAAAAUGGUGGAUGAAACUCUUCUUGAUGGGGGAUUAAAGCCACUGACUUUGGCUCUGACCUUUAACUCUUGAUGGAUUUGGAUUCACUCCUUCUGUAUUAGGGUGUAUACCAUCACUCGAAAACAUUGUGGUUAAUGAAAAUAAAUCUUGUACAGAUGUC